GGGUUGUUUCCUAUUGGUCGGCGACGUGGUUGACGUAAUCAGGCAACAACAGGAACCGGAGGCCGCGAGAAGCGACACCGACAGAUCCCAGGCCUCAGGCCCCAGCUCAGUGAAUCACCAUGAAUGCCAUAUUUGGGAGGAGGAAGACCCCGGAGGAGAUGCUCCGGCAGAACCAGCGAGCCCUCAGUCGAGCCAUAAGGGAGCUGGAGCGGGAGAAGUUGAAACUGGAGCAGCAGGAGAAGAAAAUCAUCGCAGACAUCAAGAAAAUGGCCAAACAAGGACAGAUGGAUGCCGUUAAAAUAAUGGCAAAGGAUUUGGUGCGAACACGACGCUAUGUGAAGAAAUUCAUCAUGAUGAAGGCGAACAUCCAAGCUGUGUCCCUGAAGAUUCAGACGCUAAAGUCCAACAACACCAUGGCCCAGGCUAUGAAGGGAGUCACCAAAGCCAUGGCCACCAUGAACCAGCAGUUAAAACUGCCUCAGAUUCAGAAGAUCAUGAUGGAGUUUGAAAAGCAGACAGAAAUCAUGGACAUGAAAGAGGAAAUAAUGAAUGAUGCUAUCGAUGAUGCCAUGGGUGAUGAAGAUGACGAGGAAGAGAGCGAUGCCAUUGUGUCUCAAGUGCUAGAUGAACUUGGUUUGAACCUGACUGAUGAACUGUCCAACCUUCCGAGCACCGGAGCGUCGCUCAGUGUUGCUGCUGGGAAAAAAGCGGAGCCCGUGGUCUUGGAAGAUGCAGACGCUGACUUGGAAAAACGGCUUAAAAACCUCCGUAAAGACUGAGGGAGUCACUGAUUUUCCCUUUUUUUUGUGUUCAUAUUUUAAAUUGGGAGUUGGGGAGGGAGGAAUGCUACCUGCUCUAUAUAGAGAGAUAGUGAUUUAGUUACCUUUCUCGUUUCGUUUUAUGGGAAUGAUUGGUGAGCUGUGCAGCUGGAUUCUGCAGGAUCUCCUCUACCCUGUGACCAUGUCUGACACAGCACAGGGUAGCGGUGCCAGUAACAUAAGUGAACAAAACCCACUUAUCUCGUUGGGGAUAUGGGACGUCCUGUUGUUGAACACCAUUGAGAUCUUGUUUGUAAGCAGUUUUCUUUCUUUUCUCCUUCCUGCCCUCCAUGUUGUCCCUACUUCUGACCGUUAAACUCUCUCAAGCCCCUUACCCGAACGGAGUAUUUAAACUGGCACUGCAGAUAAAUCAGCCGAUAACAUAACCGUGUACAUACGUGGGAUCAUCUUUAAUUCUACUUGAGAUGUAGUGCCACAAUGUUGUCCCUAUCAGGAAGAAAAUCGGAUGUGUUUUGCCAGGCCCUGUGGAAAUGGCAAAGCUCCACUGACUUGCUGACAACUGUGUGCUGCUUCUCGACAUGCUGAUGAACCCUUACGAUCCCUGGUGUGGAUUUGGAGUUCCUGUUCUGCCCGUGUGCUCCUAAUGCCACACUGAUGCCCUGAACCUCGACUGCUGCUGCCUGUCUGACAGCGCUUUCUCCCCAGAAGGUGGCGUUCCCUGUCGAGGCGUACAUCUCUGGAGGGUGAAUCCAGGAGUGCAUCUCCUACCAACCAUUUGGGAAGUUAUCCCAGUCCAUCCUGACUCUCUGCAAACUUGAUCAAAUUGCUGAGUAACAAUUGGACACUCUUUCUCUCCUUAAGAUUAGCAUAUACAGGAGUGUGCAGUAAGCCCUCGGCAUGGUUGUAUGUCUGGUGCUUAUCUGUCCAUUGCUGUGCGACAGAUCGUUGUAAUGGAAUGUACCAAUGUAAACAUGAUUAUACCCUCCUGUUACAGGAGAGUAUAAUCAUGGUUAAAUUUGGUUGAAUACUAUAGUUGCAACGAGAUAGGUGGUGGUUUCCAAUGUUGGACUUGACAUGGGGAGUUAUAUGUAUAAUAAUAGCAGGACAGAAUGUUGGUCUUUGAAUUUGGCCUGAAUUAUGCACCGCUAUCCUGGUCUAAUUAUGUCGCAUUCUUAAACAACACUUUCACCCACUUGGUUGUAACAUCAUAGCAGCUUGAUUGGUAUUGAAUGGAAACGUGUCAUGCCAAACUAACAGCAAGAAUGAUUUAUUUUCUUCAUAAUCGGUGAGCUGUGGGAUUAGAUCAGAGUAUCUGAUCUUGACUGUUCAUGAAAAGCUGCAUUGUCAUUUGUACCAGAGCUUAGUCUGUAGGUCAGCCCUAAAUACUGCACCAUCCCAUGAAUGCCCCUACUGUGCAGCGAGAGACUGGCCUGAGCUAUCUGAAGUAUGGAAUGGCAGCAAAUGGAUCGCACCUUUUUAUUAUUGACCAACCAAUGGAAUGGGGUGAAGUCAGAUGGGGGUCUUUGGGUGCCAGGGAGUUGCCCAGUCUCCUGGGCACCUCCCUGAAUCGCCUCACCGUACUGUGGACGGCAUUCUGCUAUAUUCCAUUUGCUCUUCAUACCUAAAUCCUGCAAAUGCAGGCAGCAUGAACAGGGGUUUUCAGUGUAGCAAGUCCAUACUGUAUAAUGUUUCAACAGGCAAUUUAACCUGCAGGGAGCGAUGUUGGGUAGGGAAUACGCUGUUUGGCUUCAGCUUAACUCUCAGUAAAUUGACAUUGACCUGAACCAGUUUAGAUGAAAGGUUGUUUGUAGUGUCCCAGAACAGCAAUAGGCAACCUCAGCUGCACAAAGCAUUAAUCAUGGCUGUAUUUUAAAAGCUUGGACUGUAAAGUAUUAAUGGUUGGUUGAGUGAAUGCGAACAGUGCAAUGCCACUCCCUCCCCUUUGGGCUGUUCAGUGAAGUACCUAGAAGGUGGUUACGGGGUAAGGAGGCACUGUGGGAGGUCUGCAACCCGUGUCCAAAGCUCAUAGCUGGUCCCUCAACUCUCGGCUGAUGUGAAGAGGGCGGUUAUGUAUCGCUGGGUCUUGGGCACUGAGUUGAUUGUAAUGUGUAGGAGUGUAACUGCCUCCAGCUGUAACCCUGCAUUUCUCUUUUACUAAUGAAACCUUGCAAGAUGCCUUCUCUAUAAACGGCUGCUAUAUUGCACUUCUUGUAAAACUCCAUGUACUGUUAUAGUGACAGUCAAUACGACUAUUAUAUUCACCUUUAUCAGAACUUGGAAGAUGGGCAAAGUGCACUACAUAUUUUCCUUUUGCGAGGUGCUCUUCUAUUGGGGAAGAUUUUUGUUUGUCUAUGCACAAUCUUUUUUUUGAUCACAAUAAAUUAUGCAGUGUUUAGUCACUUCUGAAAUUUUACAGAA